AUGUCAGACGAGCUAGCUUCCACACUUGCUUCCAUCCAGGAGUUCAUGGCCGAAGUCAGUAGACGCUUAGAUCAGAUAGAGAGUUCUCGCCAGGAUCCCCAGCCGGUUGGCAUGGUCAUUGAUGAGACAGUUCCUCAUGCAUCUCAGACAGCACAGACUAUUCCACCUAGGGUUUCACUCGGUACUCCAUUCCAUCUGAUAGAUCAUUAUGAGACCAUUCCACCGCCUACUGUCACAGUGCCGCUUCCCUUGGUUCCUACUAUUGAGGAUACUCGAUUGGCCAAGCAGGAGGCCAAGGUUGAGAGGCUUGAGUCCAUGAUGAGACAGAUCAGAUUGCAGGACGGAGGUUUGACUUGGGAUGACAGAGAUGGCAUACCGGCGGCUAGCUUGCCCGCCAAGUUUCGCAUGCCAGACAUUGAGCGUUACAGUGGGAUUGGUUGUCCCAAGAUCCACUUGAGGCUAUACAGCACGGUCAUGAGAGCACAUGGGAUAAAUGAUGCGCAGUUGGUGGCCCUCUUCCCUAUGUCACUUAGUGGGGUAGCUCAGAGGUGGUUUGCUUCAGUUGAGCCUUCGAGACUUCGCACCUGGGAGGACGUGGCUCGUGAGUUCCUGACUCAGUUCGCUUUCAACGCUGAUAUUGAUGUAUCCAGACGAGAGUUGGAGGCCACUAGGCAGAGGUCAGAUGAGUCUAUUUCUUCCUUUGUCACUCGUUGGAGGACAAAGGUGGCUGGUAUGAUAGACCGGCCUAAGGAGCAGGAUCAGAUUGAUAUGGUUCUUCGGAACCUACAGCCGAGAUUCGCGAGACGUCUUAUGGGCAUCCCGUUUCAGGAUCUCAGGAGUCUAGUUCAGGCAGCUUUCAGUGUUGAGGAGGCCAUCGCUCGAGGAUUAUGGACAGAUACUACCCCUUCCCCUGACAGUAAGGGGAAGAAGCUGAUUGGGCCAUUUGGUAGAUCUGGAGAGGUUGACGCUAUUAGCUAUCAGCAUCGGAGGCCUGCGCAUCACUCGCUUUAUAGACUUCCUACAGUUAGGGCUCAUUUCCUUCAUCCGCAGUAUCAGUAUCAGCCAGAUUAUGCUCAGGAGCCUUAUAUUGCUCAGACUAGCAUGCAGCCGUGA